AGUUGAGUGAUGUAGAGUGAGCCACACUGGUGUGUCGACUCACUGUUGGUGACGUCACGUGAAGUUAGACAGCGAUGGCUGCAACACACAGGGGAUUGUACGUUGGUUUUGUUCUAGUUAUGAUUCAAGAACUAGCUAAAUCUGACCAGCCGUGUGAGGAGGGCUGGACACACCAUGAGCCCAGCAAGACCUGUCUAAAGCACGUGACUCAGGCAAAAAAUGAACAGGAUUCUAGAGCUUUCUGUCAGUCGUUUCGUGGAUGUGGCGGCAACAGGUCAGCCGGUCAUCUAGUUUUCGUUCAGGAUAGGGAGAUGGGGAGUUUCAUUCUGAACAUGGCGCCAAAUUCUACAAGAGUCCGUGUCGAACAGACCUCUUAUUCCCUGGGUCAGCAGGACUUGAGUGUUACAUCCGGUAGUGAGCCAACACCCAGUGGCCCGACACCCCAGGCUUAUGUGAUGACAUCAAGCGGCCUGGAGCACUGGCAUCCAUCCACCAAGAAUUCUUUUAUCUGUCAAUUCCAGCACGGGUGUUCGAGUCCCAAUCAAGAUUCCGUCUAUAGAGACUCGUGUUUCCACCUGACCACCAACGCUAGCCUGGAAUGGACCCAGGCAAACAGGACGUGCGUGCAGCAGGGCAGGAAUCUGCUGAGCCUCCACUCGCUAGUAGACAACGAGUUUCUUUACAAGCUGGCAUCGGCCUACAGGACCAACUCUGACUACAGGGAGGGGAUGAGCAACACACUGGCUAUUGGCCUGCACAGGGACAACAGAGAAAAUAAGUUCGUCUGGACAGACAACACUCCGUACAACUUUUCAAAAUGGCGGCGCGGCGAGCCAACGUUUUUCUAUAAGAACCUGUCAGAGAAGUGUACGGAGAUGUACAUCAAUUCUGGAGAGUGGAAUGACAUUCCAUGUGUCAACGUCAAAAUGUUUGGAUUCGUCUGUCAGAGUAAGUUGUGUAGUAACGCCACCUACCACCCCCGCCAGCAAGUAUUGCAUGAAGUUUGUGCCAGACAAGAGGAACUACACGCAAGCCCAGGAUUACUGUAAGACUCAAAUCUUUCAGACGACCACGAAAAUAGGAGGACAAUUAGUGAACAUCAACAACAUAGAGGUUUAUAAGUUUGUGAAAG